GUGCAGUGGUAGUGUAUUUGUAUUGUGAUAUGUUAUACACGCAUGCGCAUAGACAUACAAACGGUUUACCUUAAAUUUGUUGUGCCAAGUUCUUGACUAAGUUAACAUCUUUCGGUUGGUUCCUGGUGUUUAUUCAGAAUGGAACUUGACAGAGCAAUUGUAAACGUUCUAGCAGAUUAUCCCAUAAUUUGGGAUAGGUCCCGAAAAGAUUUUCGGGAUAACAGAAAAAAAGAAAAUGCGUUCCGGAACAUAGCGACCAUGUUGAAUCAACCAGUUGAAGUUAUAAUGAGCCGCUACAAGGCGAUACGGGAAAAGUACCGUAAAGAAAAAAUGCGAAUGGAUGAAUGCAUAAGAUCAGGGGUUCCUAUUAGAGACGUUGAUAUUUGGGAACUUUACUCAAGCUUAUCUUUUCUUGACAACGUCAUACUUCCAAGAAAACGUACUAACUAUGUGGUUGACUAUAUUCCAAAACCAAAAAAUCAAGAAUAUGAGAAUAAGCAAGCAUCCGCAAGUUCAAACAUAAUAGACUUUGUUGAGGAAAGUAAUGAGCUGCCAAACAUAAAGGUAGAGCCUGAUGAACAGACAGAAAACUAUGAAUAUGAACUAAUGCUCUCACCUACACCAAGUGAGACUUUAAGUUUAAAGGUGUCACCCCCUUCCUCUAGCGUCGGCAGCACAACUCCAAAGGUACGUAAAAAAAAGAAACAACAGGGGAGUGAUGAAAAAUUAAGUACACAACAACCACUUCCUGCUCGACUAGGAAAAUUUCACUGGUUAGGCAAGUUUAUAGCUGCCAGUUUAUCAGAAAUGGACAGUGAGACUGCCAACCAGAAGGUGGUGGAAAUUGUACAAAUUUUGAACAAAAGAAGUUAGUUUUUGGAUAAUUUUAUUAUAAUAAAUAAUAAUGAUUGUUAUUAUUAAUAACUAUUUUAUUUAUUAUAAUUUUAAUAACAUUAAAAUGUUUAUAUAAUUGAUGGCACUUUGUUGAGCAAUUUGAGCAUCCAAUCUUGAAAUUGAACAAAAAAUACAAAUUUUAUAGGGGUGUAUCAUUUUAAAAUGGACCACAGUGUAUGUUUAUUUGGAUUAUAAGUGUGUCAAAAUGUUUAAGUUUAUUAUUGUUUAGAGGGUCCCACGCAAAAGAUUAACAAUUAGUGGGUUUUGUUUAUUGUUAUAGAAGCUCAGAUGUAUAAAAAUAGGCAUUUUCACACAUAUGUGUUGUAUGUAUUAUGUUUUUACUUAUAUUAUUAUUAAACAACUUAAAUGGA